AUGGGCGCCUUGGAUAUCUGUGAGCUGCUCGGCGACGAGCCCCUUCGACAACGGGAGGAUACCAAGCUCACUCCUGUGCGAAAACGAAUCAUCAUAUGCUGUGAUGGCACAUGGCAGUCUGCAGUUUCGGGAAAGAAGAACGUUCCCUCGAAUGUCACCCGCCUGUGUCGCUCAUUGAAUCCCGUCGGAACCGACAAAGAUGGUAACCAGUGGCAGCAAGUUGUCUGGUACGACUCCGGAGUUGGCACCACUGCGCUGGCGCUAGGUGAUGCCAUUGAGGGUGCGACCGGCCAGGGCAUGGAAACCAACGUCAUUGAAGCCUAUAACUUCGCCGUCCUCAAUUAUAACCCGGGCGACAAAAUCAUGUGCUUUGGUUUCUCGAGAGGAGCAUACACCGCUAGAACCAUUGCCGGGCUCAUCUCCGAUAUUGGAAUCUGUCAAAAGAGCGAUCUCAACAAGUUUCCGGAUCUUUGGGCGAUCUAUAAGAAGCUCGAGCCGGGGAAGCGUUUCCACCGCAGUGAGCUUUGGUUUGACUGGAUGUGGGGCAAGGCCGAUGAAAAGCAAGGCGCGGGCGAUAAGAAUCACCGCGAAUUUAUGUACGAAAAGGCUCCCCAAGGAGACUGGGCACAGGAAGGGUCUCGAGAUGUGGAGGUGGUCGGUGUAUAUGAUACCGUCGGGGCAUUGGGAAUGCCAGAAGUGCUAGGGAUUAAGCUCCCAUCGAGUGAAGGAUGGCACAAUGUUGGCCUGUCACCCAACAUCCAAAACGCUUUCCAAUGUUUAGCCCUAGACGAGAGGAGAAAGGCAUUCUCCCCAACUCUUUGGUAUCUUAAUAAAAAGACAGCAACAAAAGAAGAGGUGGAGGCUCAUAUGGAAGAUGAAAAACAAGCUGAGAGGCACUACUGGGAUGUCUUGCAACGUGCCAAGGAGCUGAAAGCUGGAGGUAAAGCCACCGACGACGCAGUGAACGCCGCGGCCAGAAGUGUUAAUCGGGCUGCAAGAGCCUGGAAUAAGGCAGCCCGGAAGCGAGUGAGAUACCAGAACCGAUACGAGCAGCACCCGGUCUUAAGACAAGUGUGGAUCCCAGGUUUCCACGUCAACAUUGGGGGUGGAGCAAGCGAUACUCUCAAGGACGAAGGUGACAUGGAAAAUAUGUCAAACAUCGCCUUCGCUUGGAUGCUUGAUCAAAUCAAGGGCCAUGUCUCUGUCAAUGAACAGGUAUUCACCGAGGAACAGACUGACCGUGAACGGCAUAUCGAGGAGCUUAAUCUAAAGCUCAUCAAGGCAGACACCAUGCCCAAGUCGACAAUAUCCAAGUCUUGGCCAACAUGGGCUUCAUCAAUUGCCAGAACCACUGUGUCAUUAGCCAAACUUCCUUUCAAGAAAAUCCAAGAGGCGACUGCAGAGAAAGCCCGAGAGAUUGGCUGGGGAACAGGUAUCUUGUCGGACCCUUACACCAUAGCAUAUUGGCUCAACGGGCAGAGGAGACGUACCCCAGGCGAAUAUGCCAAACAAAAUGGGGAGUCUAUGGGCGAGACCUGCGAAUACAUCCACCCUGUUGUGAAUUUCCGUGUCAAUUGGUUCAAGGAGAUGCACGAAAAGGACUCGUCACAUCCGAUCUACACACCGAUCCACCCAAAACUCAAGUAUGAGCGUCGAAAGAAGGUGGAUAGGGAUGGCAAGCCAUUCUUUGAAUACGAAAUUGGCGGCUGUCUCACGCCUUUGCCUGAAUGGAAAUUGGGAGGCUUGGAUUCUUACGAGAGGCUAGCCAUUGCGGGCAAGGCGGCGUAUGACUAUGUGGACAAGCUGGAUGAGGAGUUGGAAACUGGCAUUCGGACAGUCCGCCGCUCAGCAAUAUCUCCCAAGAAGCCCCCUGCGGAAUCUGCUUUGGCUACUGUUUCAGACUUUGAUCUGAAAAUCCCAGCUGAAGAUGCUCCCACUCCUUCAGUAGUUGGAUCCACGGCGGAUGAGACUGUCACUGGAACAUAUUGUCGGGACACAGAGGUCAAGCUCUGA